AUGGCUCGAUCCCAAUCUCUCUUCACCACCGUGGUAACAUCAUGGGCAGUCUUUGCAGGCUUGACACGAUGUGCCCCUCUCGGCGCGAACGCAACGUCGGACGCAACGUGUGACUGCUAUAAAGCCGAAGCAACCUCCACGAACUUCUUCGAUCAUCGUAAGUUCUUCGAUUUCCGAGACAUGGCUGGGGCUGCGGUCCCAGCCCCCAUCGACGGCCGGGACCAAGACGCCGGCGCCCCGUUGACCAACGCCUACUUCUCAACCGCCGAAUGGACCGACACCUGGGGCAUACAGACGUGGCCUACCAGUGGAGGCCCUGUGUACAGGGUCAAUUCGCCGAACAACGUCUACAUAGAGGCGGACACCGACGCCAGCCCGGCGUCGAGGACCCACCUCACGAUGAGGACUCUGCGGCAGUCGGACUAUCAGUCGACUGCCGAGUUCGAGUCCAAGUCUCCCCAGUACCAGUACCUGUCCGUACGGAUGUUGGCACGGACGCAGGGCGACGGCGGCGCGGUCACGUCGAUGUCCACGUACCUUGGAGGCGCCCCCGUGCAGGAGGCCGACCUGGAGAUCAGGACCGAUACAGCGACGAACAUAGCCCAGUACACCAACCAGCCCGGUACGGUCGACGGAGAGGUGGUCCCCGAUGCGACCCACGUGACCACUCUGGCCACGCCCUGGACCGACUGA